AUGGCUCGUUUUCUGACUGGCGAUGAGUUGGGCAACAUAAAAUCUCUCACAUACACCUCCGUCGAUGGACACAAAACGGAUGUUCAGACUUUGUAUGAUGGAAGCGGGUCCGGUAAAAACAAGUCGAUCCAGGCGCUCGCCGUCGCAUCUUCGGUAUCUGAACGAGGGAGAGUGGUAGCAGCAGCGCACGCUGAUGGAUCAGCGACCGUCUUCAACUUGAAAGAUAGCAGUAUUGAAUUACUGCAUGAGUGGAAAGAAACCCGCUUACGGGCUGGUCAAAACUAUGUCGGCUUGGACAUCUUCCAACAAGGGAUUUACUCCUGCACCUCGAACGGUGCCCUCCGCCGGACAGUUAAUAUCGAGGAUGAAUCUCUGACAUCCCAAACCGCCGUACUACCCAUGCGAUUGUCCGAUUGGCGUUUAUCUUCGGACGGAAGUACAUUCGCAUACGUGGGGGAUGAGGUUGAGUUGUCGGUUUGUGACGUCGAGCAGAUAUUUGCCUCCAAAACUCCUCCAGGGGCGACAGCUAGUGUCAAUGGGCAAAAACGAAAACGACGGGAUGGCCUCUUACCCGGCGAAAUCUGGCGGGCAAGAAAUGUGGCCAAUGACUCGCUCAGCCUUCGCCAACCCGUACACAAUAAUUGCUUGACGUACAUAAUGCCAUCGCUGUCCGCCUCUCAGCAUCAUCUACUUGUUGGCACGCAGUUUGGCAAUGUUCGCCGGUAUGAUACGCGGAGCUCUCGACGCCCAGUUGCAGACUGGCAAAAAGUGGCGAAGACUGGAGGCAUCAAGGCUGUAGAAAAGGGCUUUCAUGAACACGAAGCACUCGUUACAGACCAAGGCUCCAGCGUAUUUUCGCUGGACUUACGGAACGGGCGGGUUGCGUAUGGCUACAAAGGCUUAUCUGGCACGGCAACUUCCCUGGCUCCUUCGCCCACUGUGCUUGCAUCGGUCGCCCUUGACCGGUAUGCUCGUAUACACAGCACAUUCCCCCCCGCAGAACCCGGUCAACAGCAAGAGCACAAAGGCGGUGUUCUGGACACAGUAUUCAUGAAGAGUACUCCGACAGUUGUAGUAUGGGACCGAGACAGUAGCAAUAUGGAGACAAACACCUUGGACGAGUCGGGCGGCGACGGCGAGGCGGAAGACGAUGUGUGGGAUGAUAUGGAGAGCGUGCAAGACGAAGGCAGCGAUGUUGAAGUUGACCGGUCAAAACGGAGAGAACUGAAAAAGGCGCGGUCAAAGUAG